AGCCCCGGCCGCCGCAGCCGCCGCAGCCGCCAUGGCCUCGCCGGCCGCCAGCCCCGACUCGUCGUGCCACGAGGGCCCGGCCUCGGCGGCCUCGGCGCCCGCGGGGACCCCGACCUCGGACUCGGAGAACCUGAGCCCCGACGAGCUGGAGCUGCUGGCCAAGCUGGAGGAGCAGAACCGGCUGCUGGAGGCCGACUCCAAGUCGAUGCGCUCCAUGAACGGGUCCCGCCGGAACAGCGGCUCCUCGCUGGUCUCCAGCUCCUCGGCCUCCUCCAACCUGAGCCACCUGGAGGAGGACACCUGGAUCCUCUGGGGCCGCAUCGUCAACGAGUGGGACGAGUGGAGGAAGAAGAAGGAGAAACUGCUCAAG